CCGCGGUCGACCAUGGUCCUCGACGCGGCGACACAACAGGCGCUUUGCGAGCGCGUGCGAAAGGGUUGAACAUUCCAUUUCAAACAACACAGUAGCAAAGUCGGAAUAUUAAGCACUGCGCGAGUGUAGAGAAUCGAAAUGGCCAAGUGACGAUCAAGAUUUCACUUAAUUUGCAAUUUUUGUUGUACUCGUAAUACCCAUUAUAAUGAUUAGGUGUACACAAACAUUUUGAACGCGUUCGGAAUUACUUCCUCUAAUAUACGACAGGGGUGCUGCAAGCGCAAUAAAUCGAUAAGAUGAACCGAAACAAAGUAAACUUUGUGCGUUGAAGGCCCUGAGUGAGAGGUUCUGCGAUCGAUGUAACCGACUGUUGCUUCUCAGCUGUCUCUCAAGGACACGAAGCCCUUUCCACCCCCCGCCCGCUGCACAACACGAGAUUUUGAAAAUGAGUCCUGGAUUGAGCAUCCGAUCCUGUACGUGUUGCAUAGCCAUCUGGUCUUUGAUAACUUCGGUUUUAGGAUUUUACUCUAGCGUAAACAUGAUUGGACAAAUGAAUAUGGAAGAACGACGCUGGGGCCCUAUGAGUAGUAACGAUGUGAAACGGCUCCUAUUCGUGAAUCUUGCGAUAAUUGGUUUUAAUUGCAUCAUGGCAAUCAUCCUUAUGAUUGGAGUAAUGCAGAAAGUUGCAUUGCUUCUGAAGUUGUGGAUCAUAUUUAAAAUUGGGUGUGUGAUUUUCAACAUCAUUGGAAAAGUCUUUCUAUUGAGAAUAGCCCAUGAACACGCCUCGACGCCUUCCGUUGGCGGCUUUGUCGUUAGACAAAUGCUUGGCACUGCGAUCUCGCUCUUCUCCAUACUGGUGGUGUGCGUCAACUAUCUCGACCUCACGUCCGAGUCGCCGGUGGAGCGCGCGAAACGUCAGCGCGAGACGCCUUCCUCAUCUGACGAGGAGGUUUAUGCUCAUGCCACCAGAGAUACAGUACGUCUUGUCUUAAUUUGGAAAGUUUCACUAGUGUCGUGUAGAAUAAAGAAACAUGCUGGCCACCAUCAAAAGGAAGGAUUUUGUUCAGAAUAUUUAUGCCAUUAUUUUAAUCCACUGCAGGCAUGUGGAUCAGUUCAUCUGCAACAGCAUUUGUUAUUUAUUUCUGUGCUGGUGUGCAUCAUACAUUCAAAAAUUGAAAGUGUCGUUGCAACAUUUCAAACUCACUAUGCUUCAGUUAAUAUGCCUUUGAUUUCCGAUACAUCAAUCACAUGUAACUCCACUAAUGGGGGUGUUUACUGCAGAACAUUUGACCAUAUGAAAGAAUAUUAUUUUCCACUACUCAAACUCGCAGCUCAAAAGAAAGCUCUGGAACUCUUCCUUCCACCAAAAAAUUACUUUGAUUUAUUUUGUCUGUGGGAAAAAGUUCCCAGACCAAAAGGCCUGAAAUGCCUCGACGACCUUGACAGAAUUAGAUACAAUUUCUCCAGAAUAUUAAAAAAAAAUUUCACUGAUAAGAUAUGCGGAUUAUUUCACAUUAUUGAAAGGAAAUAUUAUAACAAUUUUGAAACAAAUUUGUCUUCUCUCUGCUUCCGCAGCCAUAAAAUACAAAUUAAAAAAACAACAACAACAAAACUCAAAUAG